UAUGAGUGGUGUCACUACUAGAUGGGUAUGUUUCUCCAGGGUAUUUUGUGUAUAUUUCCUAAUGUAUUCAGUCAAGUUAUUUGUCAUGGCCUGCUGCUCCUAUAUCGGCCUUGGGAUAUUAGUAACGACUGCGCUUUCUCGAAUUACCUUCGAUACGAUUUGUCCUUCGGAAUGGGCAUGUCUGACACUGUCACUCUGGUAUUUCGUGAAUUAACCGAGGUCGACUAUGGAUGUAUAGUGGAAAUUGUGACAGAUGUUACCGAUGUAAAAUUACUGGUCGUGAUACGUUUCCCUACUAACAUUAAUACAAACUGUAUUGCUAAUAGCGACGUUUUUAUUGUGAUCAAGAAAAACAAAUGUCUGCGGCUUUGUGAUCUAAUUGGGAAGAGAGAUGUAAAUUCACCGUAUUUUGUAAUGUCAGUGAAAAGUAGGAUACGAUUUCGGUUCAUGAGCAACAGCAGUUUUAAUUCGGAAUUUAAUGCUAAUGUAUAUCAAGUCACAGCUACCUCCGCUCGGAAUAAACCUGCUACAGGGUGCAACUUCAGAAAUGAAACCAAAUGUGUAAUUGGUGACGACGAAUUUUGUUUUACCAGCGGCGUCGUUUGUGAUGGCAUCAAGAACUGUGGAGUCUCUGAUUGGUUUGAUGAACGUAAAUCAGAUUGCGGUUUACCAGUUGAGCACCUCGGGUAUGCUCCAGUUAUAGCCGUAGUAGCUGUAAUUGUUUGUGCAAUUAUAGCAGUUGGUCACAAACUAAUGCAGUAUUUACCACCUACAACUGGCUCGUUCUUCAUUUUCAACGCUAAUGAAGACAACAGAUUAUGUAUUGAUACAGUGUUCAUGUCUCCAGAGAACGACUCUUUAGAAUCGCUAAAAGUGAAAAGAGCUUCACUCAUACCGAUAUCAAACUCUUCAUCUAGCGUUAGAAUCGAAUCAUUAAACCAAGUUCAAGAGAGCGAACUAUCCAGAGUGAUUACACAAAAUGUACAGGAUCAAAAUAUGAUAGAGGUACCUAUUUAAACUGAAUAACAUGGACACCAAUUAAAUUUAUUGUAAAUACAACUUAUUACUAAUUAAUUAUUAAUUACUAUCAGCAAUGUCAUUAUGUUAUCUGUGGCAAUAUCAACUAUUUGACUGACGAGGUAUAUAUCUAUAUGCAAAUAAAAUUUACAUUCAAUAGUAAAAUACCCAUUUCAAUUUUUCAUAAAAAUACCGAUAUUGCUUUGGUACGCUUUCGGCCUUUUCGCCAAUGUCUAGCUUCUAACAGUAUUUUAAUUCAUAAGAACAGCAGAAUUAUCAAAGACGUCCCACUAUGCAUUCAGUGAAAGAUAAAAUACAGAAAAAAUUGCGAUGUGUGACGAGAAAGGAACAAACGUCAGAUAGAAUACAUGUAUAUCACAUAUAAAAACAAA